AGGGCGGGCGGCACCCCGGGGCCGGGCCUCUCGCCUGGCGGGUGCCGCUGGGCCCAGCGAAGGCGGGUGCCGAGGGCAGGCUGCGGGAGCCGGCCCCGCCGGCCGGCAUGGGUGCCGGGGCGCUGGCCAUACGCCAAAGCAAAUCAACUGUGAGAUUGAAGGAGGACAUGAAAAAGAUAGCUGUACUUCCACUGAACAAACAGAGGGACACGACCUGUCCGAAGGUGUUUGGUGUGAGUCUUCUGGAGCUCCAGCAGCAGGGACUGAGCAAGAACGGCAUCCCAAUAAUUGUGUGGAAUAUAGUUGAGUACCUCACCCAGCAUGGUAUGACACAGGAAGGCCUCUUCAGGGUAAAUGGCAGCAUGAAAAUGGUAGAACAGUUGCGUCUGCAAUACGAGCGUGGAGAAGAGGUGGAACUUGUUAAAGAUGGUGAUGUGUACUCAGCAGCCAGUCUGUUGAAAUUAUUUUUGAGAGAGUUGCCAGAUGGGAUUAUCACCUCUGCCUUACAUCCCAGGUUCAUUGAGCUUUACCAGGAUCCUAGAAACGACAAGCAGAAGGAAAGUAACUUGAAAGAACUCCUUAAAGAGCUGCCUGAUGCUCAUUACUGCCUGCUGAAGUAUCUGUGCCAGUUCCUGGUAAAGGUUGCUGAACAUCAUGUAGAGAACAGGAUGAACCUUUGCAAUCUUGCCACUGUAUUUGGACCAAACUGCUUUCACGUGCCCUCUGGAUUUGAAGGUAUAAAAGAACAGGAGAUCUGCAAUAAGAUCAUGACAAAAAUGCUGGAAAAUUACAAUACCUUGUUUGAAUUGGAAGGUUUGAAGAAGGAUGAAGAAAAGCCUGUAUGUGAAGAGCUUGCAAGAAUUAUUUUGGUAAAAAUGACAAAGUCCACAACGGAAGGAUCCAGCCAAACACGCUUAGUGCCACAACCAGGCCUGUCAGAUGGAAUACCUCAGGUCAGCCUCCAAUUAACAGACAGUGGUUCACAUUGGAAGGAGAUGGAUUUAACAGAUGAAAUCUCCUUCAUUAACAGUGAUACGUUUUUCUCCAGCUCCCAGGAAGAUGAGCGGCCUAUGUCACCCUUCUAUGUGAGUGCCCAUGUAUCACAAGUCAGCAGUAACAUUCCUGCUACAGGAGAGUAUUUAGAGAAGACAAUCCGCUCAGCCGUGGAGCAGCAUCUCUUUGAUGUUCAUGGCUCAGGCGGCCAGAGUUCAGAGGACUCUGAAUCGGGAACAUCUUCAGCCUCUUCUAAUGUGUCUGCCAGGCAGAGGAGGCGAUACCACAAAGAGCAGGAGGAAGCCCGGAGAAACAGAGACAUGGAAGUCGUCAACAAAGAAAACAUUCCUUCUGGAUUCAGCAAUCUUGAAGACUGUAUUCUAGCUACUCAAGAAGUAGAAAAAUUACAGGACAACAGCUCUGGAUAUCUUAGUGAAAGGAAUAAGCCAAAACGGCAGAAAUCCAGCACCAAGCUUUCAGAGCUUAAUGACAACCAGGACAGUCCUGUGACUAUGGAAAGCUUUAGCUCAUCCAGGCCUAUAGACAGAACAGGACCUGAUGACAUGGAAAUUUUAUCUGAAGAAAGCAAAGAAAGUGAAAACGAUGAGGUUUUUUUCAGGCACCCUCAGCUGACUUCAAGUAUGAAGAUUCAAGAGCAUCCAAGCAUUCCUGAAAACAAGUUGCAAAGAAAUCAAGAUGCCGAUGACCAGGAAAACAGCUUUGUGUCGGAAGUGCCUCAGCUGGAUUUGACAGCGCUGUGUGAUGACAACAACUGGGAAGAGCCCAUCCCUGCUCUUUCCUCAUGGCAGCGAGACGGCUUAGACUCAGAUGAGGCUCGCCUUUCCCCGCAGGCCGGUCGCUUAAUUCACCAGCUUCUGGAUGAGGACAGCGAUCCCAUGCUGUCCCCUCGCUUCUAUGCCUAUGGACAGAGCCAACAGUACCUGGAUGAUACAGAAGUGCCUCCUUCCCCUCCCAAUUCUCAUUCCUUCAUGAGGAGGCGGAGUUCAUCUUUGGGAUCUUAUGAAGAUGACAGAGAGGACCUUACCCCUGCACAACUCACCCGGAGGAUUCAGGGACUGAAGAAAAAGAUCAGGAGAUUUGAGGACAAAUUUGAAGAGGAGAGGAAAUACAGACCUUCCCACAGCGACAAAGCAGCCAACCCUGAAGUGCUCAAAUGGACAAAUGAUUUGGCCAAAUUCCGAAAGCAACUUAAAGAGUCAAAACUAAAGAUAUCGGAGGAAGACCUUGGCCCUGUUGUGCGUCAGCGAAGCAACACGCUCCCCAAGAGCUUCGGCUCUCAGCUCGAGAAGGACGAUGACAAGAAGCAAGACCUGUCAGAUAACUCUGCCAAGCCUGCAGUGGAAGCGACCCUUGAUUCUAUCCAGAAGAAGCUUCAAGAAAAACGAACAGAGACAAACCGACCUGAAGAUAUUAAGGACAUGACAAGAGAUCAGAUAGCAGCUGAAAAAGUGGCUCUUCAAAAAGCUUUGCUGUAUUAUGAAAGCAUUCAUGGCAGACCGGUUACCAAAAACGAACGACAGGUGAUGAAGCCUUUGUAUGACAGGUAUCGCUUGGUCAAGCAGAUCCUCUCCAGAGCGAACACCAUCCCUAUCAUUGGUUCCCCCUCCAGCAAGCGGAGAAGCCCUUUGCUGCAGCCAAUUAUCGAGGGCGAAACAGCUUCCUUCUUCAAGGAGAUAAAGGAGGAAGAGGAGGGGUCAGAGGAGGACAGCAACGUGAAGGCAGAUCUCACAAUUACCAUGAAAACAGAUUUCAACGUGCGUAGCUUCUUGGAUCAACUAGAAGAUGAUGCUGACGGCUUUGUUUCCCCGGUGGAUGAUAAGAUGCCAUCUAGGAGCAAUCAGGAUAUGGGGCUUUCAAAUCUCCAUGAAGCAUCCAUCCCUGAACUGUUAGAACAGCUCCAAGAAGUCAGGGAAGAGAAAAAGCGAAUCAGGAAAAAAUUGAGAGACUUUGAAGAUAAUUUUUUCCGACAAAAUGGAAGGAACGUGCAGAAGGAAGACCGCACUCCUAUGGCUGAAGAAUACAAUGAAUACAAGCAGAUUAAGGCCAAGCUGAGGCUGCUGGAGGUCCUGAUCAGUAAAAGAGAUAUUAGCUCCAAGAUCAUGUAAAGGAAGAGAUUGUUUUUGCCAGCAAACAAAGAGGAGAGAGCACCAAAUGGACAAACGCAUGAAGCGGAUGCAGCAGAAGCCUGGCUGGGGAGAGCUGAGGAGCUCCCUGGGAACUGAUGGGCCAUUCCCAGAGAUGGGAGGGGGAGGAAAGGUGGCUUUCCAUCACUCCCUACCCUUGCUGUUGUCCAGUCUUUUUUCCAGGCCUGAUGCCCAAAAUGGAGUUUGCCAGUGCAGGAGGCAUGACACUGCGCUCGGUGGCUGCACUGAAGGGAUCCUUCUGUUUUGAUUUGCUUACAGAUCCUGUAAUAUUUAGAAUAUCAAAACCAGCCAUGCUAUUCUUUUUUUUCCCAGGAUAUCGUAGCAAGAGGCAAAGCAGGUUGAAUACUGAUUAAAUCAUCAAAUAGCUUCUACUUUAGUUUCACAGACAAGUGCCCUGACUGAUCUGAUGUGAAGGCACAGGUCAGAUAGCACCAAGACUGUUCUCUUGUAGCUACAGUAAAGGUUUGCUCAGACUUUUGACCUGGCUGUUUGGAGUCCAACAUCUUCUGUUGCUCUAGAGAAAUGCUGUAAGAAUCUCCUCGUCAUCACCCAGAGGUGGUGUGAGUUACGGUUUUGCCCAGGCUCGAGUUGGACUUUCUUCCCACUUUUUUGAUGGCAGAUUCGACUGAAAUAGAAGAAAGUACCUACAUCUCCUUAGGAUAGCAAAGAAAACGAGCCAUACAGAAAGGUUCUUGCCGACUUGUUCUGCUUGGAAGGUAAUACUGUAACAUUAUGACCACGGGUGGGCAACUGGGAAGAAAAGAGGUUUUAAAAGCUUUAAGUCAGAAUCCCUUGGGAUUUUGGUUGGCCGAUUGGUUAAAUAUCUGGUGUCAAGUAUGUGGAAGAUACCUGGAAGACCCACCCUGUUAGUACAUGUGCUUCAUCACCCGACACAAACGUAAGAUCUAAGCUGAACCGUCCGUGUGAGUGUCAUACAUACUUGCUAGCCUAAAUUUUAUUAUUUUAUGUCCACUAUCAGACGAUGUGGGCAGCAGCAAUGACACUGCGAUGGUGGCAACAGGGGAUGGUCUUUUCCCGGUGUGUUUAGGUAGUGUACCAGCACAGAGGAUACUGCAAGGGAACGGAAAGCCUAGAGCCGUGCUCUGCCUACGGAAAGGGCCUGAGUGUCAGGUGCGGGUUUUGACAAUUCAUUGUUUUUGAAUUUGUUCAUGACUUUCAGAAAAGAUUCAGGUGCUCAUGCCAAACGUGCUGCCUGAAGGAGUGAAAGGCAGCAAGUUCAGGGACGUACCAAGUAGCUGAGGGCCUGCAGCUCCGCAGUCCCAGGCCCCCUGGACUCGCUCUCCCGCUCCGGAGGCUUGCACGCACGACCCGCUCAGCCCUGAGCCAGGGCUCAAUCCUGCUGCCGCAGGGAGAGCAUUUCUGUAACGCCUUGCUUUCGCGUUGGUCCCUGGGGAGCUAACGGGCAGAAGCCAGGUGGCUGAGAUCAAAUGCGGUGCCAGUCGUCAUAGCCAGGCCUCGCAGAGGCUGUGCCAGAGGACUCGCAGAACUUCACCCCUUUCCUUCUUUAUACGGGCAAGUGGGCUCACAAAUAGAUGUAUUUGGGUUGUGGUGCUUAGACUUACCCCCUUGCACUUGCUGUAUGUGCUGUGUUAAUUCUUGCCAGCACCGAUGCUGGUUUGGUCUCUCCAGGAUCCCAUAAACGCUUCACAAGGCAACCUUCUCCCAGUGGGUCUGCACGUGCCCAUUGCUGGUCUGGAUGGGUAAAGCAGUGAUGUGCGUUAGUGAAAGCACUUGCGCCGGGGACUCCCACGUUGUUUGGUUUUUGGUUUUCUUUUUACUGAUUGCAAAUUGCCUGUUUUAUAGAAGAUCAGUGAAGACUGAAUUUAGGGCUUGGCUUUUCAGAGGUGCUUUAGUUCCCAUCACUUGAGAGAUGUGGGGCUUUGCCUCGGCAAAACUGAUCCUUUAAGUGUGUUAACUGAGCUGACAAAUGGGCUCAAAAACUGCUUUUUGAAGAUGUUUGACUGGAAGGGAAGCCUGACCAGGGUAAACCCAUCCGAACACAAGGCAGCCCGGGAAAUCAGAGCUGUACGGGCUCUUCCUCUGAGUCCAUAGUCGGCUCUCCCGAGUCAUUCUAAGCAGCUAAGGCAAACUGGCUGGGAUGUCACUCUACGAGUAGAAGUGUGGGAUGAGAAAGGAUGUUGGAUUGCCAGAAAGUCCUUGGCGCUGGGCUCAGUUUUCUGUUGUUCAUGCCCAGUUCAGCAAAGCAAAAACAGGUGGUGAGCAUGUGCCUCAACCUUUGAGAUUUGGACUGAAGCUUGGGUGCUUUGCUGAAUCCGAGCAUCUUUAUCUGGACAGGAGAAGCAGUUUCUGCCCUUUUUCAUAGUCACACAUUUUUCCAGUGAGCCAAGGCUUCCCAGGAGUAUGUUUUCUCUGCUUAUUUUUAAAAGCCUGUUUGCACUGUGUACUGAUAAAUUAUCUUGUUUGCUGGGUUUUGCCCCUGACAAAUCUUGAUAAAUGAUAAGUAGGGAACAGUCCAUUUUAUUUUUAAACUGAUGAGAUUGUAGCAUUUUCUGAUGCUUAGUUACCGCUGUUUACAUGGUAUAUUGCUAGAAUUUCAGAUAGUUUAUAUGAAAUGUAAGUACAAUUAUGCACUUUAGAGAGUUUCUAUUUUUGAACUUUGAGAGCUAAAAGUAACAAAACCUGUUAACUGAGAUUGUACAUUAAAAGAAAAAAAAAAAAAACAAACCACACCUAGCUAUCUCUAUUCUUAAACUGUUCUUUUCAAGUUUUUCCCUGUGGCAAGAAGAAAAAAAAAAUAAUCAUCAUCUGCUUUGUUGCAAAGGGAACUGCUAGGAAAGAUAAUCGUAGAGAAGAAGUGAUUUUUUUAAAUUCCAGUCAUGGAAAGAUACGUAUAAAUGCUCAACUUUCUGUCCUGGGUUUGCAGAUGCUGCAACUCCCCUUUCCCAAGCCUGCACAGGAGCAGGGCUCCAAGACCUGAGCACUAAAAUGUUGUCUUUGUAUCUCCCACAGCUGAUCUGACUUCCCACUAACCACAAAUAGCCAGAAAUGACGUUUGCCCCACCACACUCCUAAGUCAAUCCAAGCAACAUCUCUGUGUUUUGUUUGAUGAGUUGUCUAUGCCAACAUCAAUGUCUAUUGACUGGAGAAGAUUAAAUACAAGACUGUUUUUUAAAAGGUGUGAAGUACUGUACAAAAAUGUACUUUAUGUGAUAUAAAUAAGCUGUUUAGUAUAAGACAACCUCUUUCCCUGUCACCAGAACAAACUGUCUGCUGUAGGACGGCAGUACGGUCUGUUGGGCUUCCCAUUUACCGGGGCCAUUUCAGACACGCGUGUCUGUGUUACCACACCGUAAAUCAUCACCCCUUGUUUACAUGAGGAAUGGCUUGCAGACAAAAUAAGAUUGCAAGACUUAAAGACAGAGGAAGACUUGCCAUCCUUACAAGUUGCAUUUGGUUUUACUCUGUUUACUCUCGAGUAAACAGUCAAAUAACAGAUGUUUAUGUUAAAGGCAGUGAAAUUAAAGCAUCUUACCUUUUAA